CUGAAUCACAAACCUCUCUCUCUCUCUCUCUCUCUCUCGAUCAGGAAAAGGGGAGUUACACCUGCAAAUUCAAUCCAGCCUUUUGAUUAGUUUCUGGUCAUCAGCUUUGAGAAAUCCAGAUCCAUCUAGUAUCGUAUUUAGUGGAGGCAAACUACAAAUACAUUCGAUAAUUGUUCGGAAAUGGGUGGCAUGUCGAUGAAUGUGACGAAGUUGGGAGGAGCAAGUUCAGAGUCGGAAUACCACACCCACAAGGUGUUCCUGCUGAGCAACUACAUAUUGCUGGGAGCAGCCUCCAGCUGCAUCUUCCUGACGCUGUCUCUGCGGCUGCUGCCGUCGGUGUGCGGUUUCUUCCUGAUCCUGCUCCACGUGCUGACAAUUGCCGGGGCCAUAUCGGGAUGCGCGGCGGCGGGGAGCAGGUCGAGCUCCAAGUGGUACGGAGCGCACAUGGUGUCGACGGUGCUGACGGCGAUAUUCCAAGGGUCGGUGGCGGUGCUGGUGUUCACGAGGACGGGGGACUUUCUCGGGGAGCUCAAGUCGUACGUGAGGGAAGAGGAUGGGAGUGUGAUUCUGAAAUUGGCAGGAGGGCUGAGCGUGGUGAUAUUCUGCUUGGAGUGGGUGGUGCUCACACUCGCCUUCUUCCUGAGGUACUACGCCUCUGUUGAGGGAAGUGGUGGUGGCGCUGCUGGUAUGAGGAGUUCCAAGGUGCAACAAGCAGCUGACGAGGAUUUGAAGGACUGGCCAUGGCCUUUCCAAGUCUAACAUGGAACAUAGGCCUGCUGGAUCUGCUGCUCUCCUUUGAUUUCAUUUCAUUUUAUAAUUUUAUUCUCUAAAAUAAAUUCAUUAUGUAUUUCAUUCGUUCAUUCAAAUUCAAUUGCUUGCUCGCUCGCUUGCUCGAUGAUCAGUAAUUACUAGUUUCGGAAUUUCAAGUUUUUCGAUUAAA